UUCACACCAUUUUAAUAUAGAUGUCUCUAAAUUUUUCCACAACUUAUUUAUAAAAACUUACUAGUAAUUUAAUUCCCAAGACAUCCUCUAAGAAUUAAUAAUUUCAAUAUCUUACAUCGUUUUUCCUUUUUUAAAAAAAAAAAGAAAAAGAAAAAGAAAAACCCUAUGCAGUCCAUGUCCAAUUGUCCAUGAUAUUGAAUAAAAUGCGAAGAUCAUAAAAUAAGAAAAUACCAUUCCAUAUAAAAAUAAAUAAAAAGAAGGGGCAAAAAAUAUUCUAGGAAGUACUUUAUAUUUGUCCUCAACACCAAAUUGACUGGUGUCCAAUUGUCCAUACCACAUGCACAGCAUCUCACAUUCUAUCUUCCUCCUCCACACUAUUAUAAUAAUUUAAUUAACUUAAAUCUUCUACUCCGUAUUAUUAUUACAACUUGCACCAAAUCACACCAUUCAUUUCAUUUAAAAUUCAUAAAAUAACAAAUUAAUAAUUACUCAUAACAAUAAUUAUAAUAAUUUGUUACAACUUUGAUGUUUUCCUCAUCCAACACCAUCAUCAUCAUUCAUCAAACAUCAUCCAUCAUCAUCAUCAUCAUCAUCAUCAUCAUCAUCACAUCUUCUUUUGUUCAUCCAUUUUCACUCUUUCUUCUCUCUCUUGUUCACUUCACUACACUCCCACUAAAAAUCUCAAAAAAUGUUAUCACUCCCUAAACCCCCACUAAUUUCCCAUCUUACCCUCACCACAUUCAUCUUCAUCUUCUUCUUCUUCAUCCUCCCAAUUCACAGCUUCAACAUAACCCAGAUUCUCUCCCAUUACCCAGAUCUCUCCGACUUCACCUCCCUUCUUUCAAACUCCGGCAUCUCCUCCGACCUCAACCACCGCACUUCCCUCACUAUCCUCGCCGUCCCUAACUCCUUCCUCCGCUCUUCCUCCCCUUCUCUCCCCUCCGAUUCCCCCUCCACCCUCGCUGACGUCCUCCGCUACCACAUCUUACUCCAAUACCUCACUUUCUCCGAUCUCCGGCGAAUCCAACCCGCCGGAACCCUAGUUACCACUCUCCUCCAAACCACCGGAAGAGCCCCCGACAACCUCGGAUCUCUCAACGCUACCUUCAACCCUUCUAAUGGCGGCAUUUCAUUUCACCCUCCCAACAACAACUCUGUUUCCUGUAACAUUCUCUCUCUCCUCAAAACGGUGCCGUAUAAUCUCUCAAUCUUCACCGUUGAUUCUCUCCUCGUUCCGUACGGCUUCGAUCUGAUGGCGUCGGAGACUCGCCCGCCUCCGCCGGGGUUGAACAUCACCAAGGCAUUAUUCGAUGGACAUGAUUUUAAUGUCGCCGCUUCGAUGCUAUUAGCUUCAGGGGUAGUUCAGGAAUUUGAAGAUGAUGAAGGUGGUGCUGGAAUUACCCUUUUUGUCCCUACUGAUGAAGCCUUUGCAGACCUUCCACCGACUGUUCAAUUGCAAGCAUUAUCGGCGGAUAAGAAGGCUUUGAUUCUGAAAUUUCAUGUACUUCAUUCGUAUUAUCCUCUUGGUUCGCUCGAGUCGAUUGUGAACCCGGUUCAACCCACGUUGGCCACGGAAGAUAACGGUGCUGGUAGUUUUACUCUUAAUAUAUCCCGGGUUAACGGCUCGGUUGCGAUCAACACGGGAAUAAUUCAAGCCGUGGUGACUCGAACCGUGUUUGAUCAGAACCCUGUUGCUAUUUUUGGGGUUUCUAGUGUACUGUUGCCUAAGGAAAUCUUUGGGGAUGAUGGAAAGGGUAAAGAGGUAAAUUUGAGAGGUGGUAGUGGGAGUGGGCCGUUUAUGGGGGCCCAACCUCCGGUGGUUGGGCCUGCACCGGAGAAUUCGCCCGGUGAUGGGUAUGGUGGGCCGAGCCAUUUGUCGUCGCCGCCCGGGUUUACAUCGGAAGGAGGAAGAGGAAGUGGAAGGAGUUGGAUGAUGUUUUGUAUAGCAUUGUUGUGUGUAUUGAUAUCAUAAGAAAUUUGGUUGAUUGAUUUUGAUCCUCCUUGGCUCCUUCAUUUCUUGGUAAAUUAUAUACAAGUAUAAUUUAUUUGAUUUGAUACUA